AUGAAGAAUUUGAUUUUUAUUCUCGUCGUAUGCUGUGUCACGCCAUUAGUGUUGCCAGCUAAAUACAUUCUGCCGAAAUGGAAGAAACAGCCUCUAUAUAAGAAGAGUGUUCAGGCGUGCGAGCUGCCGGCUGUUCAGAGUGAGCAUAGUCAUUACGUAUGUGAUGAUAAGGGGGAACCGAAGUGUCUACCCGGCUGGCAAGGAGACCUCUGUGAUGUACCGAUAUGCAAACGAGGCUGUGAUCCGCUGCAAGGUUAUUGCAAGCGUCCUGGCGAAUGUAGAUGCAAGCUAGGUUUUUACGGAGAGCGAUGUAACAAAUGCAUACCGCUGCCAGGAUGUCAGCAUGGCUACUGUAAUGUAUCCUUCGAGUGCAUAUGCAGAGAAGGAUGGGACGGCAUAUUCUGUUCAGAACCUAUGUGUCGUUCUGAUUGUCACGCUACCCGCGGUUUCUGUGAGACACCUGGUGAGUGUCGUUGUAGACUCGGCUGGGCCGGACCAACUUGUAGAGCUUGUCAACCAUUACCCGGCUGUCAGCAUGGCUAUUGUGACAAACCACUGGAGUGUAAAUGCUUACCGGGAUAUACGGGACUAUUGUGUCAAACACCGAUUUGCGCUCCGGGAUGCCACGGAGAAAGAGGGUAUUGUCGUCGCCCUGGUGAAUGCCGCUGCAAGGUCGGUUGGACCGGGAAGAAUUGCUCCCAGUGUCACAAGUACCCGGGCUGUGUCCACGGAACAUGUAGCAGACCCUGGGAAUGUAUUUGCGAGAAAGGAUGGGGAGGAAUGCUUUGUGAUGAAGAGUUGAACUAUUGCGAGAAGAAUCCCGAUACUUGCAAGAACGGCGGGAAAUGUCAGUCUUUGGAAACCGGUGAUGGAUCGUACAGGUGUCAUUGUCAAGAAGGCAUUAGCGGGAAGCAUUGCGAAAUCCUGCCAGAAUCGAUGAUCACGUCAAAUAACACAGAAGUCAUAGAUACUGAUGAAGUUACAGAAAAACCUGAAUUAAUAUCCGUAGAAGAAACUACGACUACUAAAAUAGAAGAAGAUCUUAGUGAUGACAAUGAGACUGAAUGA